AUGAGAGGCAAAUAUAAUGGUCUACAGGCAUUUAUUCGAGAUAUUAACCCACAUGCCACAUUUGUGUGGUGCUGGGCACAUAGAUUGAAUUUAAUUGUCACUGAUUCAGUCAGUUGCUGUCUUAAUGCAAUGGAUCUUUUUGGAACAUUAGAGAAACUGUAUGACUAUGUGAGCUCAAGUAAAAAUAGAGUUUGGCUGUUUGAAAAAUUUCAAAGGCAGAGAUAUCCAAAAAAUCAAAUAAAACGUUUGAAAAGGGUUGAUACUACCAGGUGGAACUCCCAGUCGUCAGCAUUGACUACUGUAAAUGAAACUUUUUUAGCUAUUUUAGAUACGUUAGAUGCAAUAAGACAAGGUGAAGGAACUGCAGAUCGUAAAGCUGGAUUUGAAGCAGGCAAUCUAAGGUCAUACAUGACAACUGAAAGGUUCAUUUUUACAACAUAUAUUUUUAAAAAAUUAUUUUCUUCUCUUCAGCCACUUUCUAAAAUGCUCCAAAGCCAAGAUUUGGACUUAUUUGCUGCUGCAGAAAUGGUAAAUAAAACAAAAAAUCAAAUUGUUGCCAUUAGAAAUGAUGAAAGUUUUCAAGAAAUACUUACUCAGGCAAAAGAAUUUGUAAAUAAUCUUAAGAAUGACUUAGACAAGGACAAUGAUGAAGAUAUUGAGUUUAUUCCAUUACCCAUUAUUCGCUCGCGUAAGAAGAAGAUGCCUGGUGAACUGGCAAAUGAUCAAGUAGAAUCAGAUCCUCUUGUAUAUUUCAAGAUUGAAACUUACUAUAAAGUGAUUGAUAAUACUUAUGGACAAAUAGAUUGUAGAUUUAAUGAACUCAAUCAAGAUUUAUUCAAAGAUUUAUCACUUUUAACUCAUCGUAGAAUUCUUGAAAUUAGACAUAAGGCAAGUGAUCUACCAAAAGAUGCAUUUAAUUCGUUUGCGAAUAUUUAUAAAAAGUUUGUCGAUAAAAAUGCAAUGGUCAAUGAAUAUUGUCAUUUCGUGAAUUAUUAUGAAGAAUUGUUGAAAUCUAAUUAUUUGCCCAAGCGUAUCCAUAAAAGUAAUCAAUCGACCAAUAAUAAUUCAGACGAUUCAGAUAGUGACAGUGAUGUGGUACACGAAGAUUUAGAACAACCACAUAAUGCUGCAAGUAUGGUAUCAUUGUUUUCACUGUUUUGUAAUGCAAAUCUAAAAUCAGUUUUCCCAAACCUGUACAUGGCUCUUAAAAUUGCUGUGACAUUGCCUGUUAGUAGUACAACAACUGAACGAUCUUUUUCAAAAAUGAAAUUAAUUAAGAAUCGACUACGUUCAACUAUGGGAAAUAAUCGACUGGAAGGACUUAUGAGAAUGUCUUGUGAAUUUGAUGUAGACAUUAAUUAUGAUGAAGUCAUUGAUACAUUUUCUUCUUUUAGUUCUAAACUACAAAAUGCCCUUCAUCUUUAA